AUGGCAGUGCACUAUACACGGAUCAUUUCCGGUGACCUCUUCGUUCACCUGCCAGCUGAAACUGUGCUCAGCCUCCUGCGAAAGGAUGGUCUACCGGUUAACUCUGAGGAGGACGUUGUUGUAGCCAUUUCUCGUUGGGUAUGCCCCAACGACGGGGUCGAUCAACAGAAACUGUCUUUGUACAUUCUGGCGAUACUGAAGGCAGUUCGCUGGUGCCAGACGACUCUUCAAUCCAAAAACACCUGA